GCGGACGACGGACUCUUGGUGAGGACGGAGCAUGCAGCAUCGACAUUGCACCGUCCGCGCAAACGAUUAGCAUAUCCGACAGAAACCAUGACUUCACUCCUCGAUGAGAACAUCCACUCCGACAUUCCUUCAAGAGGCUUGAAUAGCGAUGCCACUCCACGUCAGCGGAGGGUUCGCUCCUCAUCACGGCCACGAGCACCGCCCUCCGUGAGCACACCGGGCAUGAACAGCGACAUCGACGGAUUCCCGGAUGAUGAAGUCGUAGGGCGGGCCGGGGCGCGGAGACAAGCUACGGGAACACAAGAUGUGCAGAGAGUGGUGGACACAACGGCAGAGACAUUGGGUCUUCAAUUUGAAUACUUUCUCGAACACUUCGUUGAGGAGCCGUCAUCUUCGAAUGCGCCAGCAUCCAGCGCAGCGACCACUAGAAAUUACUACCUGGCACAAAUUCACGGUUUGGCUCAAUUCAAACUCUCCACGCUGUACGUGGAUUUCGUCCACCUGAUGGAUGAUGAACGAGGAAUUCUGGCCAACGCUAUUAAAGACGACUUUUAUCGGUUUCAUCCUUAUUUGACUCGCGCAUUGAACACACUCAUUCAGAAAUACGAACCUGCGUACUACCGGGCUCACAAGCAGCCUGGUUCAACCACCGCAAGAUCAGAUCCUUCCUUUGUCGAGCAAAGUCUUGAUGACGAGGAAAACAUAAAUGACAAGAAUCCUAAUCAGCAAACCGAUAAGCUGUUCACACUGGCGUUCUACAACCUACCACUAGUCUCCCGUGUUCGUCAGCUGCGCACUGAGCAGAUUGGAAAGCUCGUGUCAAUUUCUGGUACCGUGACGCGCACGUCGGAAGUCCGACCUGAAUUACAUCUUGCAACCUUCACCUGCGAAGUGUGCAAUAGUAUUGUUUCAGAUGUUGAGCAGAUCUUCAAAUACUCGGAGCCUACGCAGUGUCCGAAUAUUACAUGUGGUAAUCGACAGGGUUGGCGACUCGACAUCCGGCAGAGCACAUUCAUCGACUGGCAGAAGGUCCGAGUGCAAGAAAACAGUUCGGAAAUCCCAACAGGAAGUAUGCCUCGAACCAUGGAUGUCAUUCUGCGUGGGGAGAUGGUGGAUCGUGCAAAGGCCGGUGAGAAGUGCGUCUUCACUGGCACUCUUAUCGUGGUACCAGACGUCAGCCAGUUUCGUGUGCCCGGUACACGCGUGCAGGCCUUUCGGGACACUCAAGCACCUCGUGGAGCCGAUGCGGGUGGGAGCGGUGUUGGUGGGUUGAGUGCGCUUGGAGUACGUGACCUCACUUAUCGAAUGGCAUUCCUCGCCAACAUGGUCACACCGGAUGCAACUACUCAGGGCCAAAAGUCUAGUCAGCAUCUCAAGGGACAAGCUGGCAACAUUUUGAGCUCGUUGGGACAGAACAUGGACGUUAUGGAAAAUACGGGUCAUCAAGCGCAGCAAGAAUAUCUCGACACGCUCACAGCAGCUGAAGUUGAAGAGCUGCGGGCUAUGGUGCACAUGCCGAAUAUCUUCAUGCGGUUAGUCGAUUCGCUAGCACCAAUGGUGUACGGACACGGCGUGGUGAAGAAGGGGCUUCUGCUGCAAUUGAUGGGAGGCGUCAGCAAGACAACCCCAGAAGGAAUGGCAUUGCGUGGAGAUAUCAACAUUUGCAUUGUGGGCGACCCCAGUACCAGCAAGUCUCAAUUCUUGAAGUACAUCUGCUCAUUUCUGCCCCGAGCUGUGUACACAUCCGGCAAGGCAUCAUCAGCGGCUGGUCUGACUGCGGCUGUCGUCAAAGACGAGGAGACUGGCGAAUUCACAAUCGAAGCAGGAGCUUUGAUGCUGGCAGAUAACGGCAUCUGCGCCAUUGACGAAUUCGACAAGAUGGACAUUGCCGACCAAGUCGCGAUUCACGAAGCUAUGGAACAGCAAACCAUUUCCAUUGCAAAAGCUGGUAUCCAGGCAACUUUGAAUGCGCGGACGAGUAUUCUUGCUGCAGCUAACCCUGUCGGUGGGAGGUAUAACCGCAAGACGACACUACGAGCAAAUAUCAAUAUGAGCGCGCCCAUCAUGUCUCGUUUUGAUUUGUUCUUCGUCGUACUCGACGAAUGCGACGAGAACAUCGACCGUCAUCUCGCCGAGCACAUUGUCAACGUUCACCGACUGAAAGACGAUGCCAUUGAGCCAGAGUUUAGCACAGAGCAACUGCAGCGAUACAUCCGAUUCGCUCGCCUUUACCAACCCACAUUUUUAGAAGACGCAAAGGCUUACCUUGUGCAGAAAUACAAGCAACUUCGUUCUGACGACGCGCAAGGUGGUAUCGGCAGAAACUCUUACCGGAUCACUGUUCGUCAGUUAGAGUCCCUCAUCCGUCUCAGCGAAGCCAUUGCCAAGGCCAACUGUGCUGACAAAGUCACGAUCGCAUUCGUCGAGGAGGCAUUCAAGCUCCUCAGUCAAAGUAUCAUCAGUGUUGAGAAGGACGACGUCGAGUUUGAAGAUGAAGAAGCUGCCGACGAGGUGGAAAUAAAUGCUGACGAUGGUCAAGAGGACGACGAGCCCGCUGACGACGACGAGGAGAACGCCGCUGGGGCUCAACGAUCGGCUUCAGCUGCGCCUGCCGUGCAACAAUCCAAACCACGCACGCAAAUCACGUACGAUGACUACAUCAAAAUUCACAAUCUCCUGCUCCGCCGCGUGAACGACGAUCAGGCGUCAGCAGAGGACGGUGUGGAGCAGGAGGAACUUUUGGUCUGGUACCUCGAACAGCGAGAAGAUGAAUUGACGAGCCAAGAAGAUGUCCAAACGCAGCGUGCACUGGCGCGGAAGGUCCUCAAGCGGAUGGUCAAGGAAAACGUCCUCAUGCAGAUCCGGGGUGAAGGACUUUCGAAUGAGCAGGGUCGGAGUGCAGAGCCCGAGAGCGACCGGAUCCUCUACGUCGUGCAUCCCAAUUGUGCAGUGGAGGAGGUUUGAAAGAUACCCAUCAUGUCAUGAUUCAGCAACGGUAGUGCUGAGGGCGUUUUCCUGUGUUCUUGUCAUGGCGUUACGAGUCGCUGCAGCUUGAUGUUGAGAUCGCGAAGCUGUCGUGAUGCCCGGAUCUAUGUAAAAAUGAUAACAAUGUGUCGAUGACGAAGACUUACUCAUUUGUUCAAAGCAUGAAUCUCACGAAGAAAAACCUACCACAUUUCGACGAACAAGAGAAGUGUGUCGCCCCUCGAUGGCGUUAUGUAUAUCAUCAUCAAAGCUCAUUUGCGUCAAUAUCAUACAGCGU